GUUGUGUGGUUGCUGUGGUAGGCGAUGGGUGAACUAUUGGAUUUGGUCGUAAAACGCGUUAUUUAAGUCAACUUUACGGUCCGGGUGCUGCCGUACGGAAGGGUUGCCCGGGCGUAAAACUCACCCGUCCCUGUACAGAAGUGAUUACGGUGCCAGAACAGGCCACCCGCGUGUGUUUGCUCAAUACGUCGAACAGAAAAAAAAUGUUCUCCAGUCGACUCGCAGCGCUCAACUAUUUUUGGCAUUGAUUUUAUGACCGUGUAGUAUUUUGUUUCUCGGGUUUUCCACCGAGAGAAGUAUUCUUUAUUUUCCCCCCGCUUCGCGAUUUAUCCGUGACCGAUGAGAUCAGACCGCUCUGUUCUGAAUGCGGCAAUUAUUAAGUAUUAGUCAUUUACAUACUGUGCUUGUGAGACGUGCUAGAGGUUCUCUCGUUGAAGUUUGUGAAAGAAAGGCGAGCAAAGAUAUCGAUACAAUCAAUCAUCUCCUCGAGCAACCUGUUCCGGUUUUCGGGACGGACGAUACGAUGCGUACAACGCGUUAAUCCUCCUCCCAGCGGCACAAACAUCAACUCUCCGCCAAAACCAUGUCCAACACGAUUGAAGACGAUGCCGCGAUACAAGGGCAAAAUGUGCUUGAACGGAUUAGCUCACUGCUCAACGGUGGUUCGUCCGGUUCGUCUACAGGGGCGACCGGUACAACAUCUGCCGCACCCAGCACGCUGGUGCUGGAGGACAUCUCGCAAACACGAACCGUCCACGAGGAGGAAAUACUGCUCAUCAACGGUAUACCGGUACGCCUUCCGGCGGAAAACUCCGACCACAGCACGGCGAGUGAUGGCACGGACGAUGACGCCGUUUCGAUACGCGACGCUUUGCGGGCCGGAGAGAUUCCAUCCAUCUUAGUAUUAAACCGCAUAAUCGAGAAGCUGCAUCGGAGCAAUACGGGCCCGGGUAUGGUGGUUGCCGUCGAAACCUCGCUAACCGUGUCGAACUGCCGCAAAACGACGGAAAAGUGUGUCGUGCAACCGAUCCCGACCGGGCGCACCGGUGACCCGGUGGUGAACCCGUGGGAGGUGACCGAGGAACGGGUCGAAAAGCAGCUUUACAACAGCCGUACGGUCGAGAUGACCGAGGGUUACAGGGGACCAGCGGACGGUAGCAUGGCGAACCAGAAACACUGCUGGCCAAGCGGUAGCGUAGACUCGGGCCAGUGGACCGAAACGGACGCACCGGAAAUAAAACACGCUGCGGAUCCUCAGUACACGAAGGCGGACGACCUGCUGCUACACUACACCGAAGGUAACCUAAUAUCGGGUUCGCUGGACGGACUGCUGACACAUUUUACGCCCACCGUCUCGUACAUUCCGGACCGUUCGUUCAUCUUUACCUUCCUGCUUGCCGCACGUCAGUUCCUGCGCCCGGACGAAAUACUGGAGAAGACGCUCCGUGCGGCGUUGACGAACGGUGGCACAUCCAACCUGCCCCAUCUGCUCGCCGCCUGGAUGCAUGACUUUCCGUACGACUUUCGGGAUGAGCGUAUGAUGCGGCUGGUGCGCAGCUUCACGGAGCAGCAAUCGUCCAACGCUUCGCUCCCGCACGACCAACCGGACCGUGCCCGGUCAUCGAACCGUGGCUCGGUCCGCGAGCGGAGUACACUGUCCCGUGCGCUGCGACGCCUCGCACACCAACUGGCCAAGCUGGAAAAAUACGAGCUGGAAAAGAGCAACCUGCAACAGCUAAAGUACGGUGCGGAUGAGUGGAAAACGGCCCCGUCGCUGGUCGAGCUGGCGAGCGGUUCGCCCGUACUGAUGGCCAACACACUGACCGCCAUCGAGGCGGAACGGUUUUCAUUCAUCGGGCUGGAAGAAUUUUUCCCCUCGCCGUGCAGCGGUACGUCCAGCGGUUCCGGGUCGAGCUACCGCGCUGGUACGACCGGCAGCAAUCUGCUCGCGUACGUCCAGUGGUACAACCGGUUGACGUACGUGGUCGCGACAGAUAUACUGCGUUCGCCGCGCAAACGUCACCGUGCCCGGGCGGUGGAGUAUUGGAUCGAAACCGGCAGGGAAUGCUUUAAUCGGGGCAACUUCAAUAGCCUCAUGGCCAUCAUCGCUACCCUUACCGGUGGCCCAAUAGGACGGUUAAAGAAAACGUGGACGAAGGUUACAUCGUCGUCGUCGUCGCUACUGUCCGGUAUGACGUCGUCGAGCAUGAUUUCCAGUGCCAGCGGGAUCGGUAACAGCUCUUCCACGUGCAGCAGUGCGGCUGGCGGUGGCCGCCAGCAACUUGCCAUUCUCGAGCAUCAGGCCGAUCCGACAAACAACUUUGCAACGUACCGUGCGACACUACAGGCGGCGGCCUGGCGCAGCUGUCCUGCUAGCUCUCGAUCCUCCUCCACGUCCUCUUCCAGGUCGUCGCAGGAAAAUUCGUCUUGCUCGUCGGACGACGGGCAGGGUCAGACGAAUGCGAAGAAAGGUUCCGCUGUCGCGGUGUUGCCGUUCUUCAGCCUGCUGCUAAAAGAUCUACACUUCUUAAACGAAACCAGUGGCAGUUCGAUCCUCCCGAAUGGACACAUAAAUUUCGAUAAAUGGCGUCAGCUAGGCGAACGGUUAUCGGAGGUACGCCGCUGGCAGCGGCAGAGCAGCUAUCAACGCCGUUGCCGGCUAGGUCGGCGGCACAAAUCAGUCACGUCGGCCGAGGUAACAGCGCUGCGUGAUGCCAUCGAGCGGGGCGCUGUAAUAGGCGACCGAGACACGAACGGUGCGCACGAAGCAUCGAAAACGGGCCGUGAUCACACAGAUGGCGGUAACGAUGACGGUGAGCGCGGUGCGGCCGCACUAGCCAAAGUGAGCUACGAGCGGGAAGCACCGGAAGGUGCGGUAGAGAAAUCCCACUGGAAAUCAUUACAACAGUAUCAUGCUUAAGAGGGUUAAGUUAUACGUAUGACAGUAAGGGAGCAAAGAACAGUAUAGGCCGAUAUCGCGUAAGUCAUUAUCUAUUUAUUUCAUUUAUGUGUUUUUUUAAAACAAAGUAUAUUUAUGUAACAGAUGUAUGUGUAUUUUUUAAAAAAAUGGUAACAGUAGCGAGGGAAUGCGAUUAGAAGUCACCUAGGUAUUGUGAUUUUACAGCUUAUUAUUUUAAAAACAUUGUUUUUAAUACCUUUUGGGUAGGGAUUUCGGGCAGACUAGGGCAGCCACUAACACAACGGGUGGGUAGUUUAUAGGAGUGUACAUUUAGUCGUGUAUGUCCCAUACGCCCACUGGCAGCAACUUCAUCCUUAGGUAAUAGGAAGUUAGCAGAUAGCGAGGGGCCGUGCAUUGCCAAACCAUUCAUAAACAGCUGCAUUCCGUAAAGAAAUGGUUGCAGGAAAGGGAAGCGAAUCAGGUAAUCUCAUUAGACGAACCGAUGGCGGCCAAUGUUUGCCAAUCAAUCGACAGAUCCGGAGUCUUGGACGACUCCGUUUUGCCCUAGUGCAGGUGCAUUUUUUUAUGUUAGCUUGGUAGGAUAAAUUACUUUCCACAUCAGUAUGCUACUCAAUCUCAGUAGAAAUGGUGGUCCGGUACUGUGCGACCAUCAUUUGUAGCCAAACAGCAACGUAAAGAAGCCAGAUGUAUUAUGCUUUGUUUUUCGUCGCAUCCCAUCAUCAUCCCGGGGGGAGGGGAGCCAUACGAUGGCGGAUGGGGGACAUCCAUCGUUUUUUUAUGUAAACCGAACGAACGUGAAUUACCCUUUUGACACAUUUAUACACAAAUUCACGCAUCGUGCGGGAUGAUGAUGAUGGUGGCGGUAACUGGAAUAGCACAAAACCAUGGAAAUAUUAAGAUUUCACUUUCCAACCCAAACCCCCACUCCACCCGACAUUCCCUCUUCUCUCCCCCACCCAAAAAAAAAAACUAACGAACAACCGCCGGUCAGUCUUUUUUAAAACAAAACUAACGUAACGAAAACAAAGCAAAAAAAAAAACAAAAACAAAAAAAAACAAAACACAAUUCACACAUGUAUUCCGGAUAUUUAUGUGUAGUGGCAAAAAGAGAGAAAAAAAAGGAUUAAAGAAAAGCAAAACAACAAUCGAAAAAAAAAACGGACACGAAGAGUUAGCACAGAAACCGCACACUCACACACAGCCAAUAAUGUGUGCUCACGGGCUCGAUUUUUUGCAUAAUGACAUAAUCAUAAAAUUAAUUUCCAGUCAUUAAAUAUUCAUAUGUACGGUGGAGUUCAAUAAAUAGACGAAGGCUUAAAUUA